AUGUCCCUCCGCCUGGGCGCGGACGACGACAACACGGCGAAGCUGGAUCGCGACACACUCCGUUCACUCUUCACGGAUUUGUUUUCUGCUAGGAGUGACACAAGUUCUAGCACAGUGGAAUGGGCAAUGGCGGAGUUGCUUCAAAACCCAACUUCAAUGGUUAAAGCUUGCAAUGAGCUUGCUACAGUUAUUGGCUCAAGAAGAAACAUCGAAGAAUCUGAUAUUGGUCGGUUGCCCUAUCUUCAAGCUGUGGUAAAAGAAACUUUUAGACUACAUCCUUCUGUCCCAUUGCUACCACGACGUGCUCCGAUCGAUACAAAAAUAAUGGGGUACACCAUUCCUAAAGGUUGCCGUAUGUUCAUAAAUGUAUGGGCAGUUAGUCAAGACAAAGAAACAUGGCCCGAACCCGAGAAGUUUAUGCCCGAGCGAUUUUUGGGAAAGACAGUUGAUCUAAGAGGUGGGGACUUUGACCUCAUCCCAUUUGGCGGAGGGCGUCGGAUCUGCCCUGGAAUGCCAUUGGCAAUUAGGAUGGUGCAUCUACUUCUUGGAUCGCUGUUAAAUCAAUUCACAUGGAGGCUUCCAGUUGAGUUUGAAGGAAAAGGAGUUGGCAUGGAUGAAAAAUUUGGCCUGACCUUAAUCAAGGUUGUGCCUCUAUGCGCUAUGGCUACACCAAUAUGA